AUGACUACGACCAAAAUCCCGGCUCCGUCACCUCUUCCAGUCAUCACCAAACCUCAAUCUCAGGAAGAUGAUAAUAUGACUCAAGCCACAAGCAAGGCAGCAAUUCCUAAGCCAAAGCUAAGAUUGCGUUUAGAAGACGCACGCCAUUCAGCAGCUUCAUCCUUUUUCGGCCUCAUACCAGACCUAGAAGCUGUGCUCGACUCAGCGUUGACGGCAAUUGUCGAGCAACUAUACACUUCUCCCGGGGGACGACCACACAACAGUGACAAUGGUGAUGCAUUGAAAUCACCAAUUCCAUCAUUUAAGCCCUUCAUACCCCCCACUCGUUCCGUGACAAUCAUACUAAAAGACUUCAAUGGCGUCGCCUACACCAACGGCACAGAUCUCGACGACGACCACAAGGAAAUCCAUUUCUCACUCUCAUAUAUCAAUCACGUCUGCAAAGACGACCCCCAACCCCUCGCCGAACUAAAAGGUGUUCUAACGCAUGAACUGGUACAUUGCUACCAACACACUGCGCCCGAUGGUGGCAAUGAUGACGUCCCGCGACCCCCCGGCGGCUUAAUUGAAGGUAUCGCGGACUUUGUCCGUCUAAAAGCCGGUCUGGGUGCAGCGCAUUGGCAAAAGCCCAAAUCUGCGCUGGAUCGUGCCUCUGGUUGGGAUGCGGGAUAUCAGCAUACAGCUUACUUUCUGGCGUGGUUGGAAGAUGUGCGAUUUGGUAAAGGGGCGAUUGGAUUGCUCAAUGAUCGGUUGUUGAAGACGGGUUAUUUGGGGGAGACGGAGGAGCAGAAGAAAAAUAAGAAGCAGCCGGGGUUUUGGAGGGAUUUAUUUGGGGUUGAGGUUGAUGAUUUGUGGAAGGAGAUUACAGUAUCUCUCACCAGGAGAACAUAG